AUGAGGGCCCCAAAUGGCCCCAGUCCGGGCCUGACUCUCCAUCCAACAUCCGACAAAGGUUCUUGCUUCGCAAGGCCUGCAGGACCAGAAGCUGAAGCCAAUCCAAAACCAGAGCCUAUGCCAGAGCCUAUGCCAAUGCCCAUGCCAGCACCUAAACCAAAACCAGGGCCUUCUCCAGAAGCACUUGCCCUUGCUCGGUCUCUUGCUGAUGCUUUGGCUGCAGCAACACCUGAAGCCAUCCUGAAUGCUUUACCAGAGCCGGGUUCAGCCUUCUCCAGACCAAGUGGUCCGGAACCUGGGUCAUCUGGUCCAGAUGCUUCCCCCUCCCCAGACGCUAAGCCCGAACCUGCUGCAAAACCCUUCCCGCUAGCCAAUGCGUUGGCACAUGCCGUUGCCGAGGCCACACCAGCUGCUAUAGCCAAAGCCAUCGCCAAAGCAAUACCUGAUCCUAAAGCCAUACCGGGACCAAUGGCCAAUGCCAUAGCUUUUGCACAAGCAAUCCCUGCUAUUGAGGAACUUUUCCAGCUGCUGCUUGCGAAACUCGCUCCAUACUUGGCAAUGACACUUUGA